CUGGUUCAGUUUUAAUUCUGACGGCUGACAGUUAAGUUGAUUUCGUGCGCAGAACGCGGAACGUUAAAGCUAACAAAGCUGCCAGCUCUUCGAGUGACUUUUACUGUCCGUGAGACGGUGACUGUGUUUAUGUGUGCGUGUGUGUGUUCAAAGUAAAUUUUGUGGCUUUUGCCAACAACACAACGGAUUGUUUUGCGUUGUUUGAAUUGAAAUCAAACGAUUAACGUUCAUAAAAGAAGGUAAACAAAUAUUUGGUAAAAAGAUACGCUGAAUUAAACUGUGAAGUUUUCUGUAAUAGAAAUCGAAAUAGUGACAGUGGAUUUUUGGCGAGAAACUUGUGACGGAAGGCGAAGCAGCAGCAGGAGGAGGUGCGCGAAAAUUCUGAUCCUUGCAGUGCAACCACCGCGUCCAGCUAAAAGCAAGUUGGUUGCAGAAAAUCCGAACGAUUCCGAUGAAAAAUAUGAAACAAUGAACGAAAACCGUCUAUGAAAUUUUGCUUCCGAGGCAUUUCGACUGUUGUUUGCUGAAAACAAAAACUAAACGGAUCCUGCCAGUUUAAAGUACUCAAAAUUACCGUUAACAAGUCUCUCCUGUUAACCCAUUAGCAAUCAUUUAAUUUGCUGUAGUUUAAGUUACGACUAUAAAAAUAUAUAAUAAAUCAAAGCAAACUUCAACAACAACACAUCCGAAAACUAACUCAAAAUGGGCGCAACACGCGACAAGCCGCGCAUCAACAAAACUCUCAUCUCGCUCAAAGCGGUGGUGUUCUUCGUCAUCAGUGGUAUUACCGCGCUGCACGUGCUGCAUGCCACCAAGCCACUGCUGCUCGGCCUAAAUUUCAAUGAGUAUCGCCGAAUCAGCAUUAUUGCGCCAUUCGUCUCAAUACUCGGGCCGCUAAUUGCCGGUCCGCUGGCCGAUCGUUUGGCCGCUAAGAAUGCCACAAGUUUCGGUCGUAUAUUACGCUUCCUCACUGCCAUCUUUCUGAUACUCGCCGUUAUUGUGUAUGCUUGUCUCUUCGCCAUACCCGAAGUGAAGAGGGAGGAAGCGCGUCGUCCGCUUGUCAGUUUCGGUUGUGAUUUGCAUGGCGCAGUCAUAUUUCAGGAACGCUGUUCCAAAGAUGCCACCUGCCACAGUUGGAAAGAGAAAGUGGGCAAUGUGAAUUUGACACGCUGCACCUACACCUGCCAAGAUCCCACCAAAUAUGAGAAUUUAUAUACACCAUGGUUUGAUGGUAUACCCACACCGUUGCCGUCGACGGAACAAAGUUCCGAGUUCGAUUAUGAAGAUGAAUCUGUAGCGACAUCGACGGAGAGUUUGCGGGAGCGACGCGCGAUUGCUGGUUCGGCUGAAUUUGGCGGUGAGCUGCUGAGUGCUGAGGUUCAACAACAACAACAACAUCAACGUGUCGAGCGUGCUGUGAAAGAUGGCACACCACAGAAGAUUUAUGUGGAGCCACCACAUUUGUGUCUCACGGAAAAGACAGACAGCGGUGAGACAGUGGUGAAGAAUUGUCAUGUCUACACCCAUGACACCAACAAUAUUGUUGUAAAUUCGGUAUUGCGUGCUGCGGACAACAGCAGAGAUAACGACACACACAGCGCCGAGUGGUGCAAGUAUCCUUUGGAUGGCUUCCAGUGUAAUAUACCACUCAAACAGAUUAAGCACAUGAACGACAUCAAGAACGGCACCACAUGCAAACCGAUGAUUGAAUGCCAAGUGAUUGAUCCUUACGACAGCAAAGGCAGUGUAUUGGCCGAUAGUGAAUGCAUUAAAAUUACUGGGGACUUGGAUGCCACAUUGGGCGGCUACACUGCCAUCCGUUUGCUGGGCGAUAUCUUCGUGAUGGCCGCGUUGACACUACUCAAUACUGCCAUUGUUAUAGCUGUGCGCGAAACGUCGGAGGGACGCGGUGAGGUGUGUCGUCAAUAUGCCUGGGGCGCUAUCGGUUAUGUGUUACUCUUCUCGCCCAUCGAUUUAUUUGCCUUCGCCAACGAUUCGAAACACGAUGCUGCACUGGUGGCCCUAAUACUUGUCAUUGUGUGUCUGCUCAUCGGUGCAUUAGUGUUGCUCUUUGCUACACAAAUGCCGCUCAGUCCGCCCGAGUGGUGGUGGCAUACAAAGACCGGCAUGUUAGUCUAUCCCAUGUCGGCCAUACGCCGUUAUAGUCCUGAAAUUUUCGUACUUACAUUGGUCGCCAUACUAUUCGGCACAUUUUGGAGCAGCAUACAUAGCUUCCUCAUUUGGACAUUUAGUGACACGUAUGCGGUUACCUAUUCGGGCUUGAUCUUGGUGUUGGUGCUGUUCUUCAAUGUGGACAAAUUCAUUGAAUAUUGUGGACAUUCGAAUAUCUUUAUCGCCGGCUUUGCGGUCUUUGUCAUACGUUUCACGGCGUUGAGUGGCGAGGGCACAGAAUGGUUGACCGUUGUCAUGGAGGCAAUCGAGCCGGUCGUCAUCGGUGUUGUAUGGAUAACCAUUAUACUGUAUAUGCGGCAUGCAAUGCCUCGUAAGUUAACUGCGACUGGACAGGCUGUGGCUGUGUUGGCCUUCUUCGGUAUUGGCAAGGGUUUGGGUGCUGUCAUUGGUUUGGCGCGCGACGACAAGGAGCCGAAAGCGGACGCGCAGGCCAUCCAUCAGUGGUUGGCGAUUGCCGCUUGCAUCAUUGCGCUCGUUUACUUUAUCAUUUAUAAUUUGAUUUUGGCGCCGCGUUGCACGGCCAAGUCACAGCAUAUCGAGGAGCUGAUUUCCGGCUCGGCAUCGCAGAAUUUCAGCAACGGCACCAAUGGGGCCGGCAGCACCGGACAGGGCAGCACCAGCGCUGGCGCGGCGCUGAAUGGCAGCUCUAAUUAUUCACCGUUACGCGUGUACCACAAUGAGCGAGGGAAAUUGGGACAAUUUAGAUUUUAAAUGUAUGCGCUUUGAUACACACACACACACACACGCACAUACAUGCAUAUACACAUAUGCGCGUAUGCUUGUAUGUGCAUACACUUGUA